AUGACACCUACUGAAAUAAAUAAAACGUAUAUUAACUGGAAAGAUUAUAUCCUUUUUAGAAAAAUUUUUGAAUCGUGGCAAAUAUCUACACAAAUUUCUGAAGAUAUUGAUAGAUUCAUUAAGGACAAUUCAGUUGCCGUAAAAGACAAAGAACGGGAACAUUUUAUUAAUAUUUGUCAGAUAAUAAGAGAACUUUUUAAUAUUAUGUCUUCUAAUGAUUCUUGUAAAAACGGAAAAUGUUGUAACUAUAUUAACUACUAUAUUAGAGAACGAAUUAGAGAUCAUUUUCAUCCAAAAGAAAAGGCUAUUUUUGAACAUUUUACGAAAUAUAUUGAAUGUAAAAAAACUGAUGAAUGCUAUAAUACAUGUAUGCCGAAAAUACAAUAUAUAGAAGAAGCAGAUUUUAAAAAAAUGGAUGAAUUAUAUGACCUAUAUGAACAUUAUGAAACUAUUUUAAAUCCAGAUCCAGAAGAAAAUAAUUCUCCUAUUGAAUGCAGCGAUAUAGAUGGUUUCAUUGAAGAAUAUAAUGAUAUUAUCCUAAAAUAUAAUGAUGAUAAACCUUUCCACAAAGAGUUAAAAAAUCUCAGAUGCUCAAUUGAAUAUAAUGAGUUAUUCAAUAAAAAUUGCAAGAAUACGUUAACAGGAAUAUUAGAAAAUGAAGAUAAUCCAUGGAAUAAAGAUGAAUGUAAUGAAUCUCAAGAAAUACAAUAUUUAAAAGAAUAUUUAGAAAGAAAAAAUGCGUACUUUAGUAAAAUUACAUAUAUUCAACCUGCUAAUAUGAAUGUUAUAAUAGCAUCUGCACUUAGUAGUGUAUUUUUAGGAACAGUACUUUAUUGUAUCUAUAAGUAUAUUACAUCAGGAAAUUAUUUACGAAAUCUCUUUCCAAGGAUGAAAAGAAUGAAUAGAAAUAUAAAUGACGAAACACACCAACAUGAAAUGUGUAACAGAAAAGAUUAUCAUAGGAAUUUGAAAGGAAAAUGUUAUAAUGUAUCAUAUGUUUCAGAAAGGAAAUACUAA